CUGAUUGGCGGGGACUGUUGUGAGGGGCUCGGCGAAACAACGAGGCGGCCAUUUUGUUCCAAGAUGGCGCCUCCUGAGGAGAAAGGCGAGUCGGAGUCGGAGCACGCCUGCCGGGUCCUGCGGGGCCUGGGGCUCCUCCGGGCGGAGCGGGCGCUGCUGGACGUGACCCUCUUAGCCGGCGGGGCCGAGUUCGGGGCUCACCGCGCCGUCCUGGCCGCCUCCUCGGGCUACUUCCGCGCCAUGUUCGGCGGAGGCCUCUUGGAGGCGCGGGCCCGGCGCGUCAGGCUGCACGGCGUGGAGGCGGAGUGCUUGGGCCGCCUCGUGGACUUCGCCUACUCGGGCCGGGUGUCGUCUCUGGGCCUGGACGACGACGACGAGGCCUGCCUGGAGAGCCUCGCCGGGCGCUUGCUGAGGGCCGCAGAUUUACUCCAGUUCCCGGCUGUGAAGGCGGCCUGUGCGGAUUGGAUUGCAGCCAGGUUGGAGCCAGCCACGGCGCUGGAGACGGAGGACUUCGCCGAGACUUUCUCCUGCCCGGAUUUGGCCCAGGCGGCACGGCGGUGUGUUUUACGCCACGCUGCCGAGGAUGACGACGAGCUGGGCUCUCUGACAAGAGCAGGCCGCAACGAGGCCUCUCCUCGAGUAGGCCCCAGCGAGCCCUCGGCCUUGACCGCCGCGCUGUGCCGCCUCCCGCUGUCCCGCUUUGUCUCCUACCUCAGCGCGGACGGGCUGCGGGUGCGCAAAGAAGAGGCCGCCUUCGCCCUGGCCAUGCGCUGGGUGCGCGCCGACCCCAUCUUCCGCGCCGCGCUCCUCCCGCAGCUGCUCUGCCACGUCCGCCUGCCCUUCGUGCGCCGCUUCGCCCUCCUGGCCCGCGUGGAGGCCGCCCCCGAGGUGGCACGCUCCCCGGCCUGCCGCCCCCUGCUCGCCGAGGCACGGCUCUUCCAGUCCGGGCGGCUGGACCGGCACGACCGCGGGCCCUGCGCCCGACUCCGCCCACGGCCCUCCACCGGCCUGGCCGAGGUGCUCGUCACCCUGGGUGGGUGCGACCGCGACUGCGACGAGCUGGCCACCGUGGACGCCCUCCUGCCCAAGAGCAAGGCCUGGCGGUACCUCGCUGAGUUCCCCGAGCGCCUCGGCGGAGGGUACGCUGCUGUCGUCUGCGGAAAUGACAUCUAUGUCACCGGGGGCUCGGAUGGCUCCCGCCUCUACGACAGCACCUGGCGCUACAACUCGGCGGUGAACGAGUGGACGGAGGUCUCGCCCAUGCUGAAGGCCCGGGAGUACCACAGCGCGGCGGUGCUGGACGGCCUGCUGUACGUGGUGGCGGCCGACAGCACCGAGCGCUACGACCAGGAGCUGGACGCCUGGGAGGCCCUGCGGCCCAUGCCCUUCGCCAUGGACAACUGCUCGGCCAGCGCCUGCCGAGGGAAGCUCUACGCCACUGGGUCCCUGGCUGGGAAGGAGGCCAUGGUCAUGCAGAGCUACGACCCCGAGGCCGACCUCUGGAGCAUGGUCAACUGCGGGCAGACGCCCCCCUGGUCCUUCGCCCCCAAGUCUGCCACCCUCAACGGGAUGAUGUACUUCGUCAGAGAUGACUCCGCCGAAGUGGACGUCUACAACCCAGCCAAGAACGAAUGGGACAAAAUCCCCCCCAUGCUCCAGGUGCACGUCGGGGGCAGCAUCGCGGUGCUCGGGGGCAAGCUGUACGUCUCGGGGGGCUACGACAACACCUUUGAGCUGUCGGGGCUGGUGGAGUCGUACGACCCGGAGGCCCGGAAGUGGAGCGCGGCGGCCCAGCUGCCGGAGCCCAUCUUCUGGCACAGCAGCGUCAGCAUCUUCCGGCAGUUUCUGCCCGGCAGCCUGGACGGGGAGGAGGGCGAGGAGGAGGAAGAGGCCCCUCUGGACAACGCCGCCAGCCUCCGACGGCAGCAGCGCCAGAACCUCCGGAACCUGAACGAGUUGCGCUAACGGGAUUUCGGGAGGAGGAGCGGGAUAUCCCAUUCGCCCUGCAAGCUCAGAAGCCUUCCUCUGGAAUUGCAGACACCGAGCAGAAUUGAGAGGAGGGAUUAUUCCAGAGUUCCAGAGAGCUUCGGAAGGUCCUGGUGCCUCCGAAGCUGUUGUUGUGUUGUUAUAGGAGUAGCAGAUCCAUGGAGAUGCGUGUUAUAGCAGAACAAGAAGGUAAAACCUUCGGCGACGGAGCCAGCCUGUUUAGCAUCGUUCUAGAACUAGAACGAGAGAUUCGGGAGAGCGUCUUGACCCUACGGAUGGUCCGAAAAGCUUCCGGGAAGGGAUGCCUUUAAGCAGAGGAGAGUUGGGUGGGCUUUGGGGGUCCCUGUGGCCCUUUUGAGAUGCAAUAUCACAUUGCUUGCCUUAUAAGAUCAAUCGUGUCCCUCCAGGCCAAAGAUCUGGGCUUUGGGGGUGAUAUGGGGCCGUGGUGAGUAUCAUCACGGUCCCGAUUUGUGUAUCAUCACUGUCCCACGUUGUGUAUCAUCACUGUCCCAGUUUGUGCUUGAGCUCAGUGUUUAAAAACAUGAAGGAUCUUGACCAUAUCUGCCUUUUAGCGGGAUACUCAUCCCACUCUGGCGUUUUGGACUCCAGCUCCCAAGUGCCUUCUGUUUUGCCAGGAAAGCUGGGAGAUGCAGUCCCAAACAGCCAGAAUUUGCUUCCCGUUUGCUUUGGGAAGAAAACCCCAAAGUGUUGUCGAAGGCUUUCAUGGCCGGGAUCACAGGGUUGUUGUAUGUAUUCUGGGCUGUAUGGCCAUGUUCCAGAAAUAUUCUCUCCUGACGUUUCGCCCACACAACCUCUGAGGGUGCCUGCCAUAGAUGUGGGCAAAACGUCAGGAGAGAAUACUUCUGGAACAUGGCCAUACAGCCCGGAAUACAUACAACAACCCUAAAACCCCAAAGCUCAGCCUUCGUGUCGUCUUGCAAACACAGGGCCGGCCUUAGGUAAUUUUCAACCGUAAGCGAACAAUAUAGCAAAUAAUAAUAAUAUUUUGGCGCAACCCUAGCGGAUUUUGCGCCACCCGUAGUUGCGUACCCGGCUUAUAGCUUCAGCCGGCCCUGGUGAUAAGCACUGGAGGAGAAACUAGACUAGUGUGAAGGACAUAAUUGAAACCGAAUGGCGUUGUUUUAUCUUUUAUCUGCAGAAUUGAGCCCGCCGAUUCAGUAGGUGAGACUCGCCAUUUUUGGAAGCUGCUACGUUGUGUGAUUUACAUUGCUCUUGGGUCUUACAACCCUCCGAAGUGUUUGGGUGCCUUUCAGUGUCGGAGAGGAUAUAUUAAUUAUUGUUACUGUUUUGGAGCCAACCUUGUUGCCUUUGAUCACCCCCCGUUUUGGGAGGAUGUGCUUCUUCCCUUCAGAACUCAGUAUUAGAACUGAAACCCUUUAUAUACAUUUUCCAUUUAUGACUUGCUCAGGUGCCGGCAUUUUGGGUCUUGGGGAUCUCUCAAAACCCAAACGAACAGCGUUUUAUUUAUUUUAGUCCUCUACAUCGCUGUGUGUUCAGCCUUAAGGAAUGACCGUACUGUUAUUAUUCACGGAUGCAAAGAUAUAUAUUUUAAUGCCCUCCUCCCUGUUUUUUCGGAUUGAAAAACCAGUAAAUAAAAGGUGUGCCGAGCGAAAGGAAAGCCCA